AUGGCAUCGAGUGUGGCUCUCUGGAUACUGCUUUGUUUAAUGCCCAUCAUUAAAUAUGUUGCUUCCUUCGUCCGUUUCCACCCCUCUGAUCCCGAGCAACACAUCUUCACAACGACCUCCGAAUGCCGUCUAAUUAUUGAGGGCACUCGGUUCCCCGACGGCAAACAAAAUACGCUUUCCAGCUACGAAGCCAGAGCCAGGAAGAAUGGGAAUCUGAAGUGGACAUUUGGGAUUCAGAAUGCUUUUACGACCAACGAUGAGAGUGACGCAAAGAAGUUUGUCAAAGAAGCACAACGACUUAUCAGUGUUGCGGGGGUCGACUGGGAUGGACUGGCUCGUGAACUUUCUCGUAUGAUUGAGGGAAUCAUCGAUAAGAAUCUUGACGGAGUUCAGGCCAGAAUAGCAGUAACACCGAAAGUGCGAGCUCUGUCGCUGAGGACUUCGCUUUGGGUUAUUUCCUCCGAAAUGAGGAACGGGAUCCAGAUCAGAACUGAAGACCUGGCCAACCUCGGGAAGAUUAUAAACAGCACUUGGAUUGAUAUGAAAGGUGAAGCAGGAGAGCAAAAGGUCUUGGAAUUCAAGGAUAAUGCCGACCUUCAAGCUCGCCUGUCUGCUGUUUUGCCAACCACAAGCCCGACUUUUGAGACACUUUGGCGAAUUGUCCUCAGUUUGUUUAUUGUUCUUCGUGGUCACCACAACCAGCGCUACAAGCAGAUCCUCAUCGAGUUCGCACGGAAGCCUACAACAGCUCAAUUUCGUCGCGAAUAUGACAACGGCAUCUCCGCCGAGUUCAUCGUCAAGGAAGGACUACGCCUUUACCCACCCACGCGACGAAUUAGGCGUAUAUUCAAGUUCCCUGUUGCUGGCUCCAUUCGCCAACAGUGCAUUACCGCGGCAGCAAACGUGGAAGCUUGCCAUCGCGACAUGGAAGUCUGGGGCCCUGGCGCAUUAGAAUUCAAGCCAGCUCGGUGGAAGGAGAUAUCUAAGACGCAAAGGGAAAAUUUUCUGGCCUUUGGUUGCUCUCCGUUCCUCUGUCCAGCAAGUAAUGGUUUUGGGACCAUGGCCAUAGGGCUACUUGUUGGGGUCUUGUCUGAUGCCUUUGGUGAUCGUGAGGAGUGGGUGUUAGGGUCUGAUGAGGACAAGGAUUUGGCGGAACUGCAGUCUGGGGAGAAGCUGAAGAAUGACCGGGGUGCUUACGAGGGGCUUUUCUUUGAACGUUCAGCCCAAGCUACAGGCGUUGUUCUUUGA